UAAUAAAACACAUACAACAUUAUCAAUGUAUGCACAUUACCAUAUCGCCAGACCUCUGGAAUAUUGUGUACCUAUAUAAGGAGUGCUCUUAAUGAGAAAUAAACAUUUGCCUUUUUUAAUUCGUCUCGGUCACUUGGUGCUUCGCUGGUAUUUUAGAAUCUAAAAAUGAAGUGGGUAAUUGUCCUUUCGGCUUUGAUGGUCUUGGCUGCGGCGAAAGAACUGUACUCGACAGAAAAUGAUGAUUUCGACAUCGACAGCGCUGAUUCUGAAACGCUAAAGGCAUUCCUGAACUGCUUCAACGACAAAGGUGCCUGUGAUGAGAGGUCUACUGACUUUAAGAAUGACAUUCCGGAGGCAGUCGUACAAGCGUGUGCGAAAUGCACGCCAGAACAGAAACACAUUUUCAAAGUAUUUUUGGAAUCAAUCAAGGUGCAGGACCCUGAGGGCUACAAAGUUUUCCAACAAAAGUACGAUCCACAGAACAAAUAUAUUGCCGCUUUGCAGGCAGCCAUCGCGAAUGCAUAAGCCUGUACUGAAGAAAGAAAUCUCGAUACAAUAAUUAAGUCAUUGUCAAAUCAAUAGAAUAAAAGUUUAACGCAUU